UCGUGUCUGAUUACAUGCUUAUCGCGAAAUAAUUAGUGACUCGCGACACUAAACGGGUCCUUGCCAGUCUGCGCGUUGCAUUCGAUCUAUCGUCGUGCGCUCUCACGACGACGCGUGAUAGUGACAUAUGGGAAGGACAAAGAUAAAUAGAUAGAUAGAUAGAGAGAGAGAGACAUUCCAGUUUUCUCAUAACCGGUGUACCGUUGCUUUCCACGCUUAGCUGACACGACCGUGGCUUUUCGACCGAUACUCCGAACGAACAGCCUUUCGAGAACAGCCUGCCAGUCGACAUUCGUGAGCGCAGCGCGUACACUGCGGAGUUUGUCGCGUUCUUUUCACUCUUUCCGUUCUAGCGGUUCUUUUCCUGCAUUUCGCGAGUGUUAACGGGAAUACGUCGCUCUUCCCGCUGGACUUCGCGAACGAUUCGCAGUUUCCCGUCUCUCCCAUCGUCAUUUAUCGAAGUAACGUUACUGCGCACAGUGGAGUACAGUUCUCGACGUAAAUUCGGAUUUCUGUGCUAUAAAUACCGAGAGGAUAAUACCUAAUAUUUACUCGUGAUAACGAAUACACAACGAGCGCCUCGUAGAAUACGGUUCCGCUAUUUACACUAUGAAGAAAAGUUGUUAACGUGAUUAAACGUGUUUAGUUGUAUUAGUUUAUAGUGACUUUUUAAUUCAAGCAUUUAUGUAUCUAGGUUAAAUAUAUUGUAUCUAUAGCAGAAAGUAAAACUCGCGUUGAGACUGUAUUGAAAAUCUCGUUAGUUUUAUUCUCAAUGUUCGGUAUAGAAAGAACUGGUGCUCGCAAAGCAUUUUACAUUCCGAGUGCGUAAUUGCUAAUACUGCGACCUAUUUUUCGUGGUUGUUUGCCUUUAUGAACAUGGAAACCCGUCGGCGUGUUGAUACCGGCACUCCUCCGGACAGAGCAGCGCAAGGAUCAAGCCUGAUGUCCGUAUGGUCGACCAGCACCGGACGAAAUUCAUUGUUUGGCGCGGAGAGCAGCGGAGCAGUGCUCCCCUCUUCGCACUUGCCGACCCACGUACACGUGGUGCACGAACACCUGCGCAACGCUGACGGCCACUGCUUUCACAAACCGUUCCACGAUCAUUGUCAGCAUCCAUUGGUUUUUUCCUACUACUGCGGGACUUUUGGCAAGUUCUCCCAUUGGCACCGACGUUGCCAUCGAUUUCUGUCGACGAUGUCACAAGCGGGGGAUGGCCUUCACACACCGGGCUACUUGUCCUGGAGAAAACUGCAGCUGAGCCGCGCGAAACUCAAGGCGUCCAGUAAAACAUCAGCCCUGCUCUCCGGUUUCGCUAUGGUCGCCAUGGUAGAAGUGCAGCUGAAUCCCGAAACGCAUGUUCCACCGGAGAUGCUGAUCGCCUUCGCCGUGUGCACAACCUUGCUCGUAGCCGUGCACAUGUUGGCGCUGAUGAUAUCCACUUGUAUACUGCCGAAUAUCGAAGCCGUCUGCAAUUUGCAUAGCAUAAGCCUUGUGCACGAGUCGCCACAUGAGCGUCUACAUUGGUACAUCGAGGUCGCGUGGGCCUUCUCCACGCUGCUAGGCCUCCUUCUGUUCCUGCUGGAGAUCGCGAUACUCUGCUGGGUGAAGUUCUAUGACUUUUCGCAGGUAGCUGCUUGGUCGGCCUGCAUAGUGUUGAUACCAGUGCUGAUAAUCUUUCUUGCGUUCGCGAUACAUUUCUAUCGGAGUCUUGUUGCGCACAAGUACGAAGUCACAGUAUCCGGUAUACGAGAACUCGAGUUACUCAAGGAACAGAUCGAGUCCACGGAUGUGGAGGGCAGAAAUGGCGUGAAUCUUUUGCAGACCGGAGUAACGCAUAUCGUAUGAAUCGGUCUUCGCAAUUUUUCCUGCCGCCGAAAUUGGACUCGCGAAUCGAACGCGACAAAAAAGAAUUUCUGCUCCGCGGAACACGGCGAGAAAGAGAGAUAGAGACAAAGAGGCAGAGAUCUUUUCUAAGACAAUGUGUUGCGACGAGCGCUUGCGAUGUUUCUCGGAGGAUUCUGCUAGGAAAAUCUUUCGAACGUGAAUCAUUCGAAGAACAUGACAGACAAUUAUUUUCUUCACACACAUCGGCACACACGCGCUACAGAUGUUGCGAAGAUUCGGUCAAAAGAUAAGGAUCUUCCUCUUCUUUUUUUAUACGCGUGUUUCUCUGUGAUGUAAAUUAGUAUAAGCACGAUGAGACUCCGUUCAUCUGCACGAUGCACGCGUUAUAAAAGCAUCGUGUCGACUUCAGAAAGGAUACGAAGUUCGAUAACAUCGUUGUAUAAUGUAGGUACAAAAUACAUUCCUUCAUUCGCGUUGCGACUUAAAACGUAGGAAGAAUAAUAUACUUUAAGGCUAUUACCAGAUCCUUCCGCGUGUUAUCGCCGUAUACAGUGCAAAAGGCGAUAAUAUAAUAGCCUGAAUUAUCGAGAGGUGACAUGACUGGCUAUGUACCCGAAUGUACUUAUCUUUCAAAAAAUGUGCUUAUUCGAGAAACGCGAUCGAUUUUAUAUUUAUUGCAACGUUAUACUAGGCAGGUACAUUAUAUCCGACACGUUCUGCUAUCGCCGACACACGAAAGUCGAUAUUUUUUCUUAAAUAGAUAGCAGUUUUGUUUAUCAUUUUUUAGCGCGUCAAGUACAUUACUCUCGAGUAUAUUGUAUUCAAAUAUUUUGACUGCCGUAAAAAUAAGAAACGAAAUAUCAAAAAGCGGAUGUAGGUACACGAUAUCACUCGAGAUAUUACAUUUCGAUGAAUGAAAGUCAAAAACGUUCACACAGCACAGAUCAUUCCAGCAACAUUGUAACAACAUUGUAAGGUUCAAGCAAUAUUGCAGUAACAUUGCAAACGUUCCAACAAUAUUGCUGAAAAUUUCUGUGCUGUACGGACA